AUGGCAGAUGGCAGGGAGAGCCCCCGCGUGGGGCCCGGGGAGGUGGCCGAGCCCCCUGGGGACGAGGGCGGGACCCCCGCUGGGGAGCCCUUCCCGCUCUCCUCGCUGGCCAACCUGUUUGAGGGCGACGAGGGCUCCCCCUCGCCCUCCCCGGGGGACGCCGGGCGGCCCUCUGGCCCGGCCGACGGGCGGCCCAACCUGCGCAUGAAGUUCCAGGGCGCUUUCCGCAAGGGGGUGCCCAACCCCAUCGACCUCCUGGAGUCCACCCUGUACGAGGCCUCGGUGGUGCCCGGCCCCAAGAAGGCCCCCAUGGACUCGCUCUUCGACUACGGCACCUACCGCCACCACCCCAGCGACAACAAGCGGUGGAGGAGGAAGGUCUUAGAGAAGCAGCCGCAGAACCCCAAAGCGCCCGCCCCCCAGCCGCCUCCUGUCCUCAAAGUCUUCAACCGCCCCAUCCUCUUCGACAUCGUGUCCCGGGGCUCCACCGCCGACCUGGACGGGCUGCUCCCCUACCUGCUCAGUCACAAGAAGCGCCUGACCGACGAGGAGUUCCGGGAGCCGUCCACGGGGAAGACCUGCCUGCCCAAGGCCCUGCUGAACCUGAGCCACGGCCGCAACGACACCAUCCCCGCGCUCCUGGACAUCGCCGAGCGCACGGGCAACAUGCGCGAGUUCAUUAACUCGCCCUUCCGGGACAUCUACUACCGAGGCCAGACGGCCCUGCACAUCGCCAUCGAGCGCCGUUGCAAGCACUACGUGGAGAUGCUCGUGGCCCAGGGGGCUGACGUCCACGCCCAGGCGCGGGGACGCUUCUUCCAGCCCAAGGACGAGGGCGGCUACUUCUACUUCGGGGAGCUGCCCCUGUCGCUGGCCGCCUGCACCAACCAGCCGCACAUCGUCAACUACCUGGCCGAGAACCCGCACAAGAAGGCCGACAUGCGGCGCCAGGACUCGCGGGGCAACACGGUGCUGCACGCGCUGGUGGCCAUCGCCGACAACACGCGCGAGAACACCAAGUUCGUCACCAAGAUGUACGACCUGCUGCUGCUCAAGUGCGCCCGCCUCUUCCCCGACAGCAACCUGGAGGCCGUGCUCAACAACGACGGGCUCUCGCCCCUCAUGAUGGCCGCCAAGACCGGCAAGAUCGGGGUCUUCCAGCACAUCAUCCGGCGGGAGGUGACGGACGAGGACACGCGGCACUUAUCCCGCAAGUUCAAGGACUGGGCCUACGGGCCCGUGUACUCCUCGCUUUACGACCUCUCCUCCCUGGACACGUGCGGGGAGGAGGCGUCGGUGCUGGAGAUCCUGGUGUACAACAGCAAGAUCGAGAACCGCCACGAGAUGCUGGCCGUGGAGCCCAUCAACGAGCUGCUUCGGGACAAGUGGCGCAAAUUCGGGGCCGUGUCCUUCUACAUCAACGUGGUCUCCUACCUGUGCGCCAUGGUGGUCUUCACGCUCACCGCCUACUACCAGCCGCUCGAGGGCACCCCGCCGUACCCUUACAGCACCACCACGGACUACCUGAGGCUGACGGGCGAGGUCAUCACGCUCCUCACCGGGGUCCUGUUCUUCUUCACCAGUAUCAAGGACUUGUUUAUGAAGAAGUGCCCGGGCGUGAAUUCCCUCUUCGUGGAUGGCUCCUUCCAGCUGCUCUACUUCAUCUACUCGGUGCUGGUCAUCGUCUCGGCCGCCCUCUACCUGGCGGGCAUCGAGGCCUACCUGGCCAUCAUGGUCUUCGCCCUGGUCCUGGGCUGGAUGAACGCCCUUUACUUCACCCGUGGGCUGAAGUUGACGGGGACCUACAGCAUCAUGAUCCAGAAGAUCCUCUUCAAGGACCUCUUCCGCUUCCUGCUGGUCUAUCUGCUCUUCAUGAUCGGCUACGCCUCAGCCCUGGUCUCCCUCCUGACCCCGUGCUCCAGCAUGAAGGCGUGCAGCGCGGACCACAGCAACUGCACGGUGCCCACGUACCCGUCGUGCCGGGACAGCGAGACCUUCAGCGCCUUCCUGCUGGACCUCUUCAAGCUGACCAUCGGCAUGGGAGACCUGGAGAUGCUGAGCAGCACCAAGUACCCCGUGGUCUUCAUCGUCCUGCUGGUCACCUACAUCAUCCUCACCUUCGUGCUCCUCCUCAACAUGCUGAUCGCCCUCAUGGGCGAGACGGUGGGCCAGGUCUCCAAGGAGAGCAAGCACAUCUGGAAGCUGCAGUGGGCCACCACCAUCCUGGACAUCGAGCGCUCCUUCCCCGUGUUCCUGCGCAAGGCCUUCCGCUCCGGCGAGAUGGUGACCGUGGGCAAGAGCUCGGAUGGUACCCCUGACCGCAGGUGGUGCUUCAGGGUGGACGAGGUGAACUGGUCUCACUGGAACCAGAACUUGGGCAUCAUUAACGAGGACCCGGGCAAGAACGAGACCUACCAGUACUACGGCUUCUCACACACCGUGGGCCGCCUCCGCAGGGAUCGCUGGUCCUCUGUGGUGCCACGCGUGGUGGAACUGAACAAGAACUCCAGCCCCGACGAGGUGGUGGUGCCCCUGGACCACGUGGGGAACCCCAGCCACGACGGCCACCGGCAGAGUGUCCCCCACAAGUGGAGAACGGACGACGCCCCCCUCUAGGGGCUGCGGCUGGGGCAGCCCCUCCCCUGCCCGUUCCUGGCCCACCUGCGUUUCAGAGGUGCCCUCCGGGGCGUCCCCCCGCUCCCCGC